AAUUCCCUUCAAUUAUUCCUGCACAAAAAAGGUCUGUGGAAUAUAUGCCUUUUUUUUUGGCUCAACAGAUUAGAACCAAAGAUUUCAUAACUUCAGAUUUUGGAGGUGUGCUUUGUGGUUGUGGUGAUUUAUGGCUCGCUGUGGCGAUUUGGUUUGGUUGAUGUUCAUGUGGAGCUUGUGGAGUUCUGGUUGUAAUGGUGCAACAGACACACUGAAACCAGGUGAAAGUUUAGAUUCUGAAGGUUUACUAGUUUCUGCAAGUGGGAGGUUCACUAUGAAUUUUCGUGUUUAUGAUCAUGAGGCAAGCUUGAGCUACUUAGUUAUAAAGUAUAGUGCGAGUCAGUUAUAUGCUUGGGUUGGGAAUAGAGAAACACCCAUGUUGUCCCCUUUUGGAGUUCUUACAUUGGACAGGAACUACACAUUGAAGAUUACUCAAAGGGAUGGGGAUUCAGUGGUGCUUUAUUCUGCUGAUUCGGAAACUAUUGUUGGUGAUGUUGUGGCUGUUCUUAAGGAUGAUGGCAAUUUUGUGCUACAAGAAUUGAGCUCUGAUGGAUCGACGAAGAGGGUUUUGUGGCAGAGUUUCGAUUAUCCUGGAGAUGUGCUUCUGCCAGGUAUGAAAUUGGGGGUCAACCGUAGUAAUGGCCACAAUUGGUCAGUCUCUUGCUGGUUAACUGAGAAAAGUGCAGUGCCAGGACCGUUCACUCUUGAUUGGGAUCCUGAUGCAAAAGAAUUGAAAAUUAAGCGGCGUGGGGUGGUGUAUUGGAGUAGUGGAGUGUUUCGAGAUGGGAGUUUUGAAAAUAUUAAGAAGAGGUAUAACUUUAGCGUUGUUUCAAAGGAGAAUGAAGACUAUUUCACCUACACUGCCCUCGAUGAAAAUGCUAUUUCAGAAUGGGUGCUCACCACAAUAGGGCGACUAAAAAACUUUGAUGGAUCACUUGAUAUUGCAAAAGCAGAUGAGUGCUAUGGGUAUAAUACCGAGGGAGGAUGCCAGACUUGGGACCAGCCAACUAAGUGCGCGCGCUUUGGUUAUGUAUUUGGGCAAGAAAAUGGUUACUUUAAUCCAAUAGAUUCUAGCGGCUCUCUUAACACGUCAAUAACUGAUGCAAAUACAAGUCUCAGUAUUAGUGAUUGUAAGGCUGCUUGUUGGGCAAAUUGUAACUGUCGUGGAUUCAUCUGGUUGAAUACUAAUCAGACUGGAUGCCGGUAUUGGAUUGGAAACUUGAAAUUCAUUCCAGACAGCACAGGUUACAGUUCAAUUGUUGUAUAUUUCUUAACAACAAAGUCAGCCGACGGCAGCUCAGCACAUAAGUGGAUAUGGAUCGGCGCUGCUAUUGGCACUUCUGUAAUUUUGAUGGUGGUUUGCAUCAUCUGCUGUCUAUUAAGAAGAAGAAAACUCUCUGUUUUUGGGAAGAACAAGGCAAAGAUUAAUGAGAGGGACCUGCUUGACUUAAGGGGAUCUGAUAUAUCAAUUGAGGUGCAUGGGAUCCAGAAUGAAGGAUCGAUGGGACAUGAUUUUAGAGCAUUUAGUUAUGAAUCUGUCAUGGCUGCCACAGACUACUUCUCCCUACAAAACAAGCUAGGAGAGGGGGGCUUUGGACCAGUUUAUAAGGGAAAAUUGUCAUCAGGGCGAGAAGUAGCUGUAAAAAGGCUUUCAACAGGUUCAGUUCAGGGUAUAUCAGAGUUCAAAAAUGAAUUGAUACUCAUAUCUGAACUCCAGCAUACUAACCUUGUUCAGCUCUUGGGAUAUUGCAUUCAUGGUGCAGAAAGAAUGUUAAUAUACGAGUAUCUUCCAAACAAAAGUUUAGACUACAUAUUAUUUGAUUCAAACAGAGGGUUGUUACUAGAUUGGAAUAGACGUUUCAAUAUAAUUGAAGGAAUUGCUCAGGGAUUGCUUUACUUGCACAAAUACUCAAGAUUGAAAGUAAUUCAUAGAGAUCUUAAAGCUAGUAACAUACUACUUGAUGAAGAUAUGAAUCCCAAAAUUUCAGAUUUUGGUAUGGCAAGGAUUUUCACAGUUAACGAAGUUGAAGCGAAUACUAAUCGUAUUGUUGGGACAUAUGGUUACAUGUCUCCUGAGUAUGCUAUGGAGGGAAUUUUUUCCGGAAAAUCUGAUGUCUUUAGUUUUGGAGUGUUAAUGCUCGAAAUCAUUAGUGGCAGGAGAAACAACAGCUUCCACAAUGAUCACCGUGCACUCAAUUUAGUAGGAUAUACAUGGGAGUUAUGGAAAGAAGGUGCAGGACUAGAUUUAAUGGAUCCAAGGCUGAGCGACUCAUGUGAUAAAGAACAACUGCUAAGAUGCAUACAUGUUGGUUUAUUAUGUGUGGAAGAAGAUGCAGAACAUAGGCCAGCCAUGUCUGAUGCCUUAACACUGCUGACCAAUGAAAGUUUGCCAUUACCUACACCAACAAAACCAGCAUUUUUCCCAGUAAGACGUAGGGCUGAAGUUGAUGUAAGUGGGAGCAGAUCAGAAAUUUCAUCAACUGACUUAUCAAACUCCUUUGUUAUGGGGCGAUGAUAACAUAUGUUUGGCAGUGGCUCAGAAUUAUUCUUGCACGAAUGUGAUUGUACUUUGUUUAGAGAAGUUACUUGCUGGGACAUAUGUGCUUGCGGAAGCAGGUGGGUAAACUGCCAAGUUAUCCUGGUCGAGUUAGAACAACUGAGGUUUCUUUGUGAUUUGUUCUGCUGUACAAAGUUUCUCAUACAUUAACACAUAUCUCCUCUGUAUUGUAGUUUGUGACUUGUGUAUUAGCCUAUUAGGUGAUUGAUGUGUAAACAAGGGAUCACAAUUGUUUUAAUACUUGAUGUGUAUAAUAUGUACUGUCACUCAAAUCUUGCUGAAUACUGUUGUGAUUCUGAGACGCCUUCA